UCGACAGCGACGAUUGACUACAAAAUCCAAGAUGGCGCGUGCAUCCGAGUUAGAAUGGGCUCCUGAGUCCUUGUAUAAUACUGCAAUCUCUGCAGUUGUGUCGCGUUUUUCUGAGUACAGACAUGAGUUAAAGAAUUUGACAGACGAUGUGAUAUUUGAUGUAUAUUACAAGUUAUAUGAUAAAAAUGGGCUUGUUGACCUUGGAAAUGAAUUUCGAGACCUGGAUGUGUUUUCAAGGGUUCUCAAAGUCAACAACAAGCGGGUUCUGCUGCACAGAUGUUUCCAAGCCAUAAUGGACACAGACGUUAGUUUGUCUCGUAUUUUAGCCAAUGAGUUCUGCUGGAGGUUGACAUCUGAAGUUCAAGCUGAUGAAACAGCAAAGGGAAAAAUGCUGCAAUUUGGCUUCUCUUUAGGUUCAUUCCUUUGUGAAGCAGGCUGGUUUGCAGACAGUAUAACGAUAUACACCAAGUGUUUGAAGGCUUGCAUCAAUGAUGAAAGUACUCCUAAUAAAUACAGGGCAAUGGAGUUUGCUGUGAGGCUCCUGCAUAGUCAGAACGUGAACUGCCAGUACGGAGAGGCGGAGGAGACAUACAACACGGCUGUCAGAAUCUGCGAGGACCUGGAGUCGCGGGGCCACAAGGUGAACAAGGCCGUGCUGCACUCUGAACACUGCGCACUGCUCUUCGCACAGAGCAAGUACACUGAGGCCUUCAACACCUGCCAUCUUGCCAUUCUGGAACUGAAUCCCAACAUGCCUCCUAUGGCCAUUGUGAAUGUGAUGCGGCUUUGUUCAAAGGCCUGUGUAGUCAAACGAGAGUUCAAAUCUGCUGAAUUAUUAAUGAAAUAUGCUGUAGCUUAUGCAAGGGAGAAGUUUGGCAAGCACCACCCGAAGCAUGCAGACACCCUGUUGGACUACGGCUUCUUCCUGCUCAACUCAGAUUGUGUGGUGCCCGCAGUGCAGGUUUACCAGCUUGCCCUGGACAUACGACAGAACGUGUUUGGUGGCAACAACUUGUACGUCGCCAUCGCAUGUGAAGACCUUGCCUACGCCUCCUACGUCAAUGAAUACAGCUCUGGCAAAUUCAGGAAUGCCAAAGACCAUGCAGAGAAGUCAAUGGCCAUUUUGAAUAAAAUCCUUCCUGAGAACCAUCUUCUUUUGUCCUCGUCCAAAAGAGUCAAAGCGUUGAUCCUGGAGGAAAUUGGCAUCGACUGUAAUGACAAGACCGAGGAGAAGAAGUACCUGGAGGAGGCCCUUAAGCUGCACUUGUCUUCCCUGGCACAGACCCGCAAGGCCUUUGGGGAAGAGAAUGUGCAGACGGCAAAACACUACGGCAACCUGGGACGUCUUUGUCAGUCCAUGAAGAGGCACGAGGACGCGGAGCGCAUGCACAAACAGGCUAUUGAGAUCAAAGAACGGCUGUUGGGACCCGACGACUAUGAGGUGGCUCUGUCGGUUGGACACUUGGCCUCUCUCUUCAACUACGACAUGUUUAAAUAUGAUGAAGCUGAAAAACUCUACCUGCGCUCUGUGAAAAUUGGUCGCCAGCUGUUUGGUGAAGGUUACAGUGGUCUGGAGUACGACUACCGUGGUCUGGUUCGUCUCUACACACAGAAACGGGACUUUGCCCAAGCUGACCACUACCGGGACAUCAUCAACCAGUGGUCAAUCCUGCGAGACACACACAACGCACGUGAGUUCAAUCCCCUGGAGUACGAGAUCACCAUGACAAUCCCUGAGCUGGUGGAGCAAGUGAUGCGGAACCACGCCCUGGCUCUCAACGCCGGCAAAGGGACGGACCACAAGGGGGACAACACGAAGGAGACUGCUGAACGGAGCUCUGGGGAAUGAUGAUGCGCCUGCGUCUGCCUGUGGCUGACACUGUGUGUGUGUGCGCGUGCAUGUGUGUGUGUAAGUUCUGUAUGUGUGUAUAAUUUCUGUAUUUGUGUGCGCGUGUGUCUAUAAUUUUUG